AUGGGGCUUUUGGGCAUGUUUGUUAGGAAGCUAUGUGCAGAGUUUUUGGGGAGGAAAUGGAACAUACCAGACCCUUACAAUGCGGUUGUGUUUUUGGCUUUGCAUUGCCUUUGUGUAUUUGCGCCCUUCCAUUUCAAUUGGCCUGCAUUUUGGGUGGCCAUCACUUUGUACGUUGUGACGGGUUUAGGAAUCACACUGUGUUACCAUAGAAGUCUUGCACACAGAAGUUUAAGGCUUCCAAAAUGGCUCGAGUACUUCUUUGCCUAUUGUGGCGUUUUGUCAUUUCAAGGUAGCCCGAUUGAAUGGGUGAGUACCCACCGUUACCAUCAUCAGUUUACUGACACAAAGAAGGACCCUCACAGCCCCAUCCAGAGUUUAUGGUUUAGUCACAUGGGUUGGUUGCUUGAUGGUCGUCGUGGUCAGUUUGAAGAAGAGCUUGGCGGACUGAAGAACGUUGAAGAUUUAAGGAAACAACCCUUCUAUAGGUUUCUUCUUCGUACUAACCUUCUACAUGCAAUUGCUCUUGGAGGUGUACUAUAUGCUGUGGGUGGAUUUCCCUUCUUGGUUUGGGGAUUGGUGAGAUCGCUUACUCGUUAG